AUGGCGUCGGCCCUGAACAAGCGCCAGCAAGCGCGUAAUGAGCGUACGUUACAGGAACUCAUCAAGACAGUUCCAGGCAACGGAACUUGUGCCGACUGCGGUGCGCGGAAUCCAGGAUGGGCGAGCUGGAGUCUCGGCAUCUUUCUGUGCAUGCGAUGCGCAGCCCUGCAUCGCAAGCUGGGGACGCACAUCUCCAAGGUCAAGUCUCUGAGUAUGGAUAAGUGGGACAAUGCGCAAGUAGACAAUAUGAAGCGCAUUGGUAACCUCGAAUCGAAUAAGACAUACAAUCCGCGCAACGUCAAGCCCUCCAUACCCAUCGACAUCGACGAGGUAGACAGUGCUAUGGAGAGAUACAUACGGGCAAAAUACGAGCAGAGAAUAUACUUGGACGCUUCGCGGCCGGGCACGCGACAGAACACGGGCAGUACGAGUUCUGAGGACCGACCACCGCCCUUACCACCCAAGCCGACUGGUCGCUUUGGCUUUGGGCUACGAAAGGCGGCGACAUCACCGCGGAAUCUGACGCCUCCACUGUCCCCAGGUCUAAGUGGCUUCAGUCAACAAGACCAAUCACCUCCACGCAUCAACAAGCCUUCCAGGGUCUUCGGUUCCAACAUACAUACUUCGGGCGAUGGCAUGGAUUCCAAGCUGGCGCAGCUUCGGGACAUGGGCUUCCCGGACGACAAGCGCAAUUCUACGGUACUGAAGGGACUGAAUGGUAACUUGGACAGGGCAGUCGAGGCUUUAAUCAGGUUGGGCGAACAGGACCCUGGCAGGUCGAGAGGAAGCACUCCGACACCAGCUUCGCAACCGAUGUCCAAUGGCAUUUCAUUCGAUAAUCUGAACAGCGCACCUGCUACGACAUCGUCUACGAACCCUUUCGACGCGCUAGAUGCGCCUACUCAGCCUCAGCAGCAGCCACAACUUGCUCCGCUUCAAACCCAGCAGACCUCCUAUGGGGGGCCGGCAGCACAGCAGGCCUACUCGUCCAACUCCUAUAACCCAUUCCUGCAACAAUCCUCCCAAAGAUAUGUUCAGCAACAGGCCCCUCAGCAACAAUCGCAGCAAAACUACGGCUAUCAGCAAAACCCUUGGAAUCAACAACAGCAAAACCUAGAACAAUCCUUUCAGGGUAUGCAAAUUUCAAACCCACAGCCUCCACAACCUCUGUUCCCGAAUCGAACAGGAGGAGCUGAAUCCCAACCUUCAUCCUUCCCUCAAACGAACCCCUACAACCAAUCCUUCACUCCACCGCCGAUGCCGCAAAUACCUGAACAAUACAGUGCUUUCUUUGCACCGCAACAGCCGCAGUACCAAUCCAUGUCCGACCCCUCAAGUCCCGGGAACCCCUUCUUGAGAUCUUCGCAAAGCCAAAUGUUUACCCCGACCAAUCUUGCAAGCUCAAAUCCAUUCGGGCAGUCAACAUUCCAGCAGCAACAGCAGUCUCAACCGCAGUCUGCUCACCCACAGUCGGCUCCACCACAGCAGCAAAUGCCUAAUCCUUGGUCGCAGCAGCAGCAGUCAUCUCAAUCACAGAUAGCUUCUUCGCAGCAGCAGAUGCCUAAUCCUUGGUCACAACAACAGCAACAACAGCAGCAGUACAGCCAGGCUUCAACUCCUCAGACGGCGAAUCCUUGGCAACCCCAACAAUCGACCUAUCAAACACAGGAUCCAACUCAAAACUACCAAGCUCAGCAACAAAGUUUCCAGAACCAGCAGCAGCUAUAUCAACAACAAAGCUCUAAUCCCUUCGACAAGAACGCUUCAAUCCUCUCGCUGUACAAUCAACCUCAACAGACUACCCAGCAAGCGCCACAGCAACAAGCUCAACCCACAGCUGUGCAAGCUUCAACUCCUGUUGCGCAAGCACCCGGGCGCUCAAAUCCGUUUGGUGGUAUGUCUGGUGCGCCACAAGGGCAAGCACUAUCCGCUGCACAAACACCUGGCAUUAGGCAUGUCAGCAACGAGAGCGUGGACUUUGCGGGUUUGAUGGGUGGACGGCACUCGCCUGACGCUUUCUCGGGCUUGAGUGCGAGCUUCAGGCGGUAG